AUGUCUGCUAGAGAUCAAGAGGUUGAGAUUGCUCAGCCGCAGGAAACUCAUCCUGUCGUGGAAGAAAAGGCUCCAGAUGCCAAUGAGAAGGCUCUGACUGCUACCCCCGAUGGCGAGGAACCGACUGAUGAGGAGUCCAAGACUCUGCGCCAUGUCGCCGAAAACCUGCCAAUGUCUGCCUGGCUGGUUGCCAUGGUCGAACUAAGCGAGCGUUUCACAUACUAUGGAAUGCAGGGUCUAUUCCAAAACUACGUUGAUCGUCCCCUCGACGGCAGCCAGGGACGUGGUGCCCUAGUUACUCCCGUCCUUGGUGCCAUUAUUGCCGAUCAGUACCUUGGCAAAUACAAAGCCAUCAUUCUAUCCUGUGCCGUCUACAUGGUUGGAUUGCUUAUUCUAGUGUGCACAUCGAUCCCCACUGCUCUAGAGCAUGGCGCUGGUCUGGGUGGGUUCAUUGUCUCUAUCCUGAUUAUCGGUCUCGGGACUGGUGGUAUCAAGAGUAACGUUGCUCCUCUUAUUGCCGACCAAUACAAGCGAAAGAAGAUGGCCAUGUCGACCACCAAGAAGGGUGAACGGAUCAUUAUAGAUCCUUCCCUUACCAUCCAGCGUAUCUACAUGAUUUUCUACGGCUGCAUCAACGUUGGAUCCCUUUCGCUCUUGGCUACGCCGUACAUGGAACGGGAUAUUGGUUUCUGGUCCGCCUACUUGCUUUGCUUGUGCAUGUUCACUGUCGGUACCUUGGUUCUCAUUGUAGGCCGCAAAUUCUACGUUGUACGCCCCCCACAGGGGUCGAUUAUCACCGAUGCCUUCAAGGCACUGUGGAUUAUGAUUACCAACCGCAACAUGGAUGCACCCAAGCCUUCCUGGCAGGCGGAACACGGUAACUCCCACGCUGUGCCCUGGGAUGACCACUUCAUCGACGAGCUCAAGCGUGCCCUGGUUGCGUGCCGUGUCUUCUGCUUUUACCCCAUUUACUGGGUUGUCUACGGCCAAUUCUCGACCAACUUUGUCACUCAGGCAGGUCAGAUGAAUGGCCACGGAAUUCCCAACGACUUGAUGCAAAACUUCGAUCCCAUUUCGAUUAUUGUCUUCAUUCCUCUCUUGGAGACUGUGGUGUAUCCGAUGCUACGUCGUUUGCGUAUUCGCUUCCGACCUAUUACGCGUAUCUCCUUGGGUUUCGUCGUUGCUGCUAUUGCCAUGAUGUACGCCGCCAUCGUUCAGCACCUUAUUUACUCCGCUGGGCCUUGUUACGAGCAACCCCUCUGCGAUGCUUCUAAAUCUGGUGGAGAAAGCCACGGCAAUAACGUUCACAUCGCCAUUCAGACGCCUGCCUACAUGUUCAUUGGUGUCUCCGAAAUUUUUGCCUCGGUAUCUGGCCUCGAGUACGCUUACACCAAGGCGCCUCCUUCGAUGAAGUCGUUCGUGCAAUCGAUGUAUUUGCUCACCAAUGCAUUCGGUUCUGCUCUUGCUGAGGCUCUGACUCCGGCUCUUUUUGAUCCGGCCAUUUUGUGGAUGUUCGUCGGUCUUGCUGUUGCAUCGUUCCUUUGCGGUAUCAUUUUCUGGUUUAUGUACCACCACUUGAACGCCACCGAAGACGAGAUGAAUGCCCUCGACGCUGAUGACUCGGAGAAUCCUGCAGAUUGGCAUCACAGGCAGGCUCAACAGAGUGAGCAGAGUGAACGGCGUGAUAAGGAGCAGGAGAACUAA